CGAACACUCUUGCCUCUUACCCUACCUCCUUCAUCUCCUUGUCACUACGACAGCUUGGGAGCGGAUGGCACACAGACAGCGCAUCUGCAUGUGAUCGAGCGCUCUCGACGAUCAGACGCUCUUUACCAGGCCACCCUACCACAUUGUACCGUAUCACUCUUCCUUCCACGCUCGGCGCCAUGAUCCUCCCGCUCCUCCUCCUCCUCUUCAUCCCAACCCUGCUACUCAGCAUCUCCCUCCUCUCCCUCUUCCUCUACAUCGCUCUCUAUCGCGCUCCAUCCAUCACGCGCCGCACCUCGCUCCGCCGCUCAGCAGCGGUAGUAGUCCUAGGCGAUGUGGGUCGCUCUCCCCGCAUGUGCUAUCACGUCGAGUCCCUCGCCGAUCAGGGGUGGAAGGUCAGCGUCGUGGGUUAUGGCGGGUCGGCAUUGCCGAAUGCGAUCCAGAGGAGUAGUGUGCGCUUUCUCAAGCUGAGAGAGGUGCCCAAGUGGAUCGCAGGACUGCCUAGGCUGGCCUUUGUGCUGGUUGCGCCUUUCAAGUUGGUGUGGCAGAGUGUGGGCUUGUUCUGGAAUGUGGCCAUGCUCGUGAGCCCUCCGCCGGAGGUCAUCAUCGUUCAGACUCCCCCCGCACUCCCCUCUUUGGCUGUCAUCCGGCUUUGCUCCCUCCUCCUCUCAUCGCGCGUCAUCAUCGAUUGGCACAACCUCGCAUACACCAUCCUUUCGCUCCGGCUGGGUACCACUUCUCCUGUUGUCAAGCUGGCUCGCAUGCUCGAGCGCUGGAGCGGCCGAAAAGCCUUUGCGCACCUCUUUGUCACCCACGCGAUGCGACGUCAUCUGGAGGCCGAGUGGGGACUGGAGGGGCACAAAGAAGUACUGCAUGAUCGCCCGCCUAAGCACUUCAAGAAGUGCUCGACUAGAGAGGUCCAUGCUCUUUGGAAGGGGCUGGGACCUCGCUUGGAGAAGGGAUUGGAGAGCUGGUGGCCAAGAUGGGAUGCGAAGAAGGGGACUUCUACGCCUUUCACGACAAUGAAUGCCGCAGGACAGGCAAUGCUGCGAGCGGAUAGGCCGGCACUGGUCGUCUCGUCUACUUCGUGGACUGCGGAUGAGGAUUUUGGGCUGCUGCUGCGAGCAGCACAGCUGUACGAGAAGCGGGCGAGGGAAGUCAACAGCAGAAGCGAGCAAGGGAGGGUUCACUCCCCUUCACCGUACUCAGAGCAGCAAGUCUUUUCCUCGUCACCCAAGAAGAUGAACAGCAGCAGUAGUGUGGCUCCGGAGCGCCAUUCCACCUCUUUAAGCCUGGAGCUUCCCCCGGCCAACUCCACCACACCAGAGCGAGCAUCCUCCCCUCCCUACGACUCAAGCUCCUCUCCCCUUCCUUCUCCUUCGAAUCCUCGCGCGGCGCAUCGCAACAGAAGACCGUCGAUGCUCUCUAUGCCUUCUGGCUCUUCUUCACCAUCCCUCUCUACUUCGGGGGCAGGUCUCGCCUCCCAUCUCCCUAAUUUGCCCGCUUCCCACCUCCCCAAGCUCCUCAUCAUCGUCACCGGCAAGGGAGAGCUACGCGCGCAAUAUGAGCGCAAGAUAUCGCAGCUCGAGCAGGAGGAGGGCUGGCAGUACGUGCGUAUCCGAACCGCCUGGCUGGAGAACUGGGAGUAUCCCCUACUUCUCGGCUCGGCGGACUUGGGCGUCUCACUGCACUCGAGCUCUUCUGGCUUGGACCUGCCAAUGAAGGUUGUGGACAUGCUUGGCUGCCAUCUCCCCACUCUGGCGCUGGACUUUCCAUGUUUGGGCGAGCUUGUACAGCACGGAAGGAAUGGGCUCAAAUUCAGGGACGAGGAGGAGCUGAUGAGGGGUUGGGAGAGCUUGCUUGGGGAUUUCCCGUAUGAGGGGCAGUCCGGGCAGGAGGGUGGUAACUGGCUGGUGAGGGGCGGCGGCAUGCUUGAUCCCUUUGCAUUGGCGGGACAGUACAGUGAGCCUUCCGCUCAAGAAGACUCAGGCGGUCAGACGCCACGACAGUCGCUAGAGGUCAGCAGCCCGAUUGACGGCGAAGGGAGUCUCGACGAGCGUGCCAGUCUGCUGCACAGCCGGCCGAGGAGUGUUGAAUUCUCCAAGGGCGGUCUGCCUACUAGCACCAACUUCGGCCCUGCGGCCCUGACGUCGUCCGGUUCGACGUCCAGCUUGAGUCACCCUUCUUCUCCGUCGCCAGGGGCGAAUUGGAGGUACGCGAGUGGCAGCGGCAACCGAGGAUGGGUGGAUGAAUCGCAGGCGACAGCAACUAUGCACCCUCCCCGGCCAUCUACUCCUACGCCAAGCUUCACAAUGCUCGCGUCUCCCAUGUUGGCGUCGCACGCCAGCCCGCCACGCUCGGUCAACGGUGAGCACGGGGGAAGGGAAGGAGCAUCGAUCGAGAAUACGUGGGCAGCGAAUUGGAAGGCCAAAGUGCGGCCGCUGCUGCGACUCAAGCACGACGACGACGAUGAUGACGAGGAAGAAGAACAGUAUGCUGCAGCUUUCUCAGACGAAGACGAAAGCGCUGUCCUCUUCACCACCGCGGACCAGUUCGCCGCCGCAGCCACACCUAGCUCUUCUCCCGCCCGCAAGCUGGAAUGGGGCAGCGAAGCUCGAAAGCGUACCCCUCCGACGUCGGCAUUCAAAUCUCCCAAACAGCAGCGCAAGCAACGUCGCAUCCGCGGCGAUUCCGUCCACGGCCUCCUGUGGAGCGAGGAUUUUGGCCUCACACCUCUCGCCGGCGCAGGGAAGGCUGCUCCAGCGGAGGCGUAUGCGCAGCAGGAUGAGGAGGAUGGAGAGGAAGAUACACUGCUGAGUAGCUUGGGGAUUGUAGUCACUCGCACGCCCGGGCAGAAAGCGAGGAAGCAUAGCAGCCGGUGGGGCUCUAGGAGUGGAAUGGGCAUCUUCGGUGGGUCACCGAGGGGUGCAACGACGAAGUGGCAGGAGCAUGCGCGCAAGAGGUCAGAUGAGGACGAGACGGCCGAGGGGGAUGAGCUCAUGGGCUCCAAGCGUGCAGGCACUGGUGUCUCGCAUGCGGCCUCGUCUUCACUCGCUCAAGCCACGUUGGAUGGCUACUACCUGAGCUCCAACGAUCAGCGGCAACAGCAGCAGCAGCAGCCACUGCGCCAUCGAUCGGCCAAUAGCGCUGUGCGCUUGGGUAACGGUCGAGGCGGAGGAGGCGCGGGCAGUGUCGACGAAGGGACGAUACCUGAUAUCCGGUCCUCCGGCGUCGCCGUCUCGUCCGAGUGCCUCGAGGCUUUCCAGCAGCUCAAGCUGGGCAAGAAGCUCAAGUACAUCAUCUACACCCUCUCGCCCGACAACCGCGAGAUCGUCGUUGCCAAGACUUCGGACUCUUCCAACUACGACGAGUUCCUCAAGGAGCUUCCCCCCGCCGAAUGCAGGUACGCCAUCUACGACUUUGAAUACGAGAAGGGAGACGAGGGCAAGAGGAACAAGAUCUGCUUCUUCACGUGGUCGCCCGACGAGUCCAAAAUCAAGCAAAAGAUGGUCUUUGCCUCGUCCAAGGACGCACUUCGUAGAGCCCUCGUAGGCAUCUCGGCGGAGAUCCAGGGCACCGACUUCUCCGAAGUUGACCACCAGAGUGUUCUGGAGAAGGUAUCGCGAUCGACGUUCUAAAGCUGGAAUGGGAUGGGGUUAUUGGACCCGGUCUCGCACGCGCAAUGCCCACCGUUUCCCUCAGCUGCCUUGACCCUCCACG